AGAAGAAGCCCCGCCCCUUAGCCGCUGUAGCAGUGGUACAGAGAGUAAAGAUGAUGUCCAUGGCGGCGCGCGCGGGCUCGUUUUCGCCUUAUUUACAGGCCACAAACUUCACCGUUACUCCGCCGCUGAAGGCUCUCGUGUCGGCGGUGCUGCUGAAGCGUGAUCAUGUUCUGUUGGACCCAAAGAAACCUUUCCUCUGCCGCGAGUCUCUGAGCGGACAAAGUCCCAGGACAGGGCCUGCUGUGUCCUCCAGCCUGAACGUGAGUGCUGGCGUGCGUUUCGCCCACACGGACAUUAAGAUUCCUGAUUUCUCUGAUUAUCGCCGCCCUGAAGUGAUGGAUCCAAAGAAGUCUUCUCAGGAGAGCGGGGAUGCGAGGAAAGCGUUCUCCUACUUGAUCACGGGUUCCACUGCAGUUGUGGGGGUCUACGCCGCCAAAACAGCCGUCACGCAGUUCAUCUCCUCCAUGAGUGCCUCGGCUGAUGUCCUGGCUCUGUCUAAAAUAGAGGUCAAGCUAUCGGACAUCCCCGAGGGCAAGAACAUGACGUUUAAAUGGAGAGGGAAACCACUGUUUGUUCGUCACCGGACAGAGAAGGAGAUCGCCACCGAAGCGGAUGUGGAUCUAUCCCAGCUGCGUGACCCUCAGCACGACAGUGACCGUGUCCAGAAUCCCUCAUGGAUGAUUGUCAUCGGUGUGUGCACUCACCUGGGCUGUGUUCCAAUUGCCAACGCAGGUGACUUCGGAGGGUACUACUGUCCAUGUCACGGCUCGCACUACGACUCCUCGGGCCGCAUCAGGAAAGGUCCGGCUCCGCUCAACCUGGAGGUUCCUUAUUAUGAGUUCUCUGAUGAAGACACAGUGGUGGUGGGAUAAAAACACCUGUGUGUUUGUGUGUGUGUCAAACUCGCUGCUCUGUUUGUGGUUUCUGUAAGUAAUAAACCAGUAUUUUAUUUCA